CGCGGCUCUCCCUCCCGUUCCCACCUCGGGACCGGUCGCGCCCCAACGCAACGCUUUCCCAGUUCCCUACGCCCCCGCGUCGCGUGACCACCCGCCGCCGGCCGCCCUGCCCGCGCCCUCCAAUAAGUAGCCGCAGGCCCCCCAGGCCGAAAACCCUCUCCACCCUCCGGACUCCUCAACGACUUCCUCGCCGAGACUCGAGACCCCCUAUCCUUCCCGGCGCCCGCGCGCCCGAUCGGGCCAGCCUCCACGCUCACGACGGGCGCGUCUUCUUCUUCUUCCGAGGGUGGGGGGACGAUGGCGGAGAACCUGGUCCUGGACGGGCUCUUGGAGGUGUUCCCGCAGGUUGACUUCUCGACACUGAUAGAAGUUUCCAUACAAUUUAAGGAUGACAUAGAUUCGGCUGCAGAUUAUGUCAUGCAGAAUGUCCUCCCGAAUAUUAUCCCAGAUCCUAGUCAUCCAAACCCAAAUGAUGAUUUAUAUAUUCAUGGACAUCAGCUGGCAUGUGACGACACAAGUACCCAGUUAGAGCUUGAUCCAGAGUUAAAUGAUACAAAUUCGAAUUCUGUACAUUUUGAUCAGAACAACAAUGAAAAGCCAGAUAACCUCAUGGCAAAACAUUUGAAGCAGUCGUCAACGGGUUUAUGUCCUGAAGUUUUUGACGUUCCAUCAACAUCUGGUCAGAAUUGUGUAUCUGAAGAGUUCAGUUCAGAUUGUCUGCUAGCUGAUUCCCAGCUGCAUGCGUCUUCUGAGAGGAAACUUGAAAUUUCAGCUUCUGAAGAAGGUGAUAUUCCAUAUGAUUGGUCACCUCAUGUGACCCUGCGAUCAAGCUAUUCUGUUAACCUUGAGUCCCUUGAUAAUAUUAUUGCUGAUGAACAUUACAAAAAGAAUGCUUUGAUGUCAAAUGUCGCUGCAAUAAGUGAAAUGCUGCAGGAGGUAGAGCUAAAUGAAGAAAAAACAAAACGUGCUAUUUCAGAAGCAAAUCAAGCUGGCAAUGAUAUCCUUGUGAAAGUGGAAGAAUUAAAAGAGAUGACAGCUCAUGCUAUGGAAGAUAACAGCAAGGUGGCAGGGGAGAUUUCUGCUGAAAAAUCUAUUCUAGCAACAGAAGCACAGGAGCUUCAAACUCGGUUGUUCAAUAUUUCUGAAGAAACAAAAAACUUUGUGGUGACUAUUGACGAGAUGCACAACACUCUUCAAAGAAGACUUGCUGCUGCGGAAGCAGAAAGGGUGGCUGCUGAGAAGGCAAAACUUGAAAGAGAAGCAUCAGCUCAGAAAAGUCUAAGAGAACAUGAACUCUCACUUGAAGCUGCAAAGAACCACUCUAAAAGGCUGGAACAACAAGCACAAGAGAAUGCAAAGCUGAGACAGCUACUGACAGACAGAGGCCAUGCUGUGGAUGCAUUGCAUGGGGAAAUGAUUGGAAUCUUUGACUGCAUAACACAGCUUAAGCUAAGAGUGGAUAUGCAGCUUCCAGUUGAUGAACAAUGGCAACAUGUUUCAUCGAGCUUGUCUAGCUCCACUGUUGAUGCACCAGCACAAGUUCCACUGGUCUUAUCUAGCUCGGAUGUUGAUGAACCACUACAACAUGCUCCAUCGAUCUUGUCUAGCUCGGCUGUUAAUGAACCACAGCAACAAGUUCCGCCGAUCUUGGCUUUUGAUGAAGAUCUGGAUCAAGUGGCAUCAAUGUUGUCUAGCUCGGCCUUUUUUAAUGGUAACGGGCCCCUACAACCUGUUUCAUCAAGAUUGUCUAGCUCGGCGAGAUCAGCAUCAGACAAAAGUUUGGCCGAAUCAUUUGCAUCCAAAAGCGGCUGGCCGUCUCCUGCAGUACCGAGUGCUAAUUUGAUGGAUGAUAAGAGGAUUGCUGGUGUUUGUGGCGGUGAUUUCGCUUUGGACGACAGCUGGGAUGUAGUCGACGAUGAAGAGACCAUCAUGACCCCAGCAAGAGCCAAGAGUACACCUAUGCUGCUCUAGAUUUACUAAUUAACCAGUAUUUGCUGCCCCUUUCAUGAACAAGUUAUUAGCACUUAACCAUAUUUUUAUCUGGAUGUAUACAUUAUUAUUCUAUUAAGUCGAAAUUUAUAAUGUCUAUAUCGGUCUGCAUGACCGAUGUUCUGCCA